GCCCCUCCUUCCCUUACCGCCUCCGCGCCGCAGCCCGCUUGGGCCCUGGAGCCGAUAUGGGCGCCGCCGCGUGGGCAUGGCUGCCCUUGCCGCUGCGUGUGUCUCUCCUGCUACUGCUUCUGCCGCUCCCGGGGCUGCCCGCGGGCUCCUGGGAUCCGGCCGGCUACCUGCUCUACUGCCCAUGCAUGGGGCGCUUCGGGAACCAGGCUGAUCACUUCUUGGGCUCCCUGGCAUUUGCAAAGCUAUUGAACCGCACCCUGGCUGUACCCCCUUGGAUUGAGUACCAACAUCAUAAGCCUCCCUUUACCAACAUCCAUGUGUCCUACCAGAAGUACUUCAAGCUGGAGCCCCUCCAGGCCUACCAUCGGGUCAUCAGCCUGGAGGACUUCAUGGAAAGGCUGGCACCCACCCAUUGGCCCCCUGAGAAGCGGGUUGCAUACUGCUUUGAAGUGGCGGCCCAGAGAAGCCCUGAUAAGAAGACAUGCCCCAUGAAGGAAGGAAACCCCUUUGGCCCAUUUUGGGAUCAGUUUCAUGUGAGUUUCAACAAGUCAGAGCUUUUUGCAGGCAUUUCCUUCAGCGCCUCCUACAAAGACCAGUGGAUCCAGAGAUUUUCUCCAAAGGAACAUCCAGUGCUGGCUCUGCCAGGAGCCCCAGCCCAGUUCCCUGUCCUGGAGGAGCACAGGCCACUGCAGAAGUACAUGGUAUGGUCAGACGAGAUGGUGAGGACAGGAGAGGCCAAGAUCCAAGCCCACCUCCUCCGGCCCUACGUCGGUGUUCACCUGCGCAUUGGCUCUGACUGGAAAAAUGCCUGUGCUAUGCUGAAGGACGGGACUGCGGGCUCCCACUUCAUGGCCUCUCCACAGUGUGUGGGCUACAGCCGCAGCAUGGCAGCCCCUCUUACCCUAACUAUGUGCCUCCCCGACGUGAAGGAAAUCAAGCGGGCCGUGGAGCUCUGGGUGAGGGCUCUCAAUGCCCAGUCUGUCUACAUCGCCACGGAUUCUGAGAGUUAUAUGCCCGAGAUCCAACAGCUCUUCAAAGGGAAGGUGAAGGUGGUGAGCCUGAAGCCUGAGGUGGCCCAGAUCGACCUGUACAUCCUUGGCCAAGCUGACCACUUUAUUGGCAACUGUGUCUCCUCUUUCACUGCGUUUGUGAAGCGGGAACGAGACCUCCAGGGGAGGCCAUCCUCUUUCUUUGGCAUGGACAGGCCCCCCCAGCUCCGGGACGAGUUCUGACCCUGGCUAGAGCACAUCACCAGCCCAGCUGGUUUCUCCAGCCAGGCCUGGCAGCCGGAGUCGCUCCCAGGAUUGAUCUCCAAAAGAGCAAGCUUCUAUUUUUGGCUGUCAAGGACAGAGAAAAGUACCAGGGACUUCCUGGAGGAGGAAGAUGGUCCAUCUCCCAGUGUAUAGGACUUCCACGCUCCCAGGAGCCAGACCCUCUCCCAUACUCACGUGCUCUGGCUCUUUCUCCCAGGAGUUUUUCACACCAGCAAAGUAGUCCAGCUACUGUCUUUUGGUCUGAGCAGCCUGGGAUACUGAACUUGAUUCAGAGAGAUUUUAUAUACAUAUCUAUAAGGAGAGAGAGAUUUUUAUAGUUUUGAUACAAGGUCAUGACUAUUCAGAAGUCUUCCUCGUUUUUUAAAAAAUCAGUGAGGUUCAUUAACAUAGGUACGUAAAGUGACCUUAACUGAAUGUAGAUGAGACCUUAACUGAAUGUAGGGUGGGGUGGGGGUAUUCAUCACUUUUCCAUAUGACCCCCAGAGUGACCCUCAGACUCCUCUCCACUGCCUAGCUAGAGCCACUGCCACCCCACAUCUUGGCCCCUUUCCAGGGUUUGGGGCAUAAAUACUGUCCUCCAUUAUAAACACUAUGCAAAUAGAAGUUGUCGGUCAUGCGGCCAUACAGAGCUCCACAGACGGCUAAGUGCUGCUCACGUAGCACAUUCCCUGAAAGCAGCACACACCAUCAAGCCAGGCCCUCAUAGCAUUGGUCUCAGUGAGAGUCUCUUGGUAGUUAGUGGCCCGCCACAAACCUGGCACCAUCAAGGUCUUGUAACACAUCGCCAGGGACCAGGGCUUACUGGUCUGGUGGGAUCCUUCUGAAGGCUGCCAUCUCCUCCCUGAUCUCGUGCCUCAGGGGCCUGGUUGUAGAAUUUUGCCAUUAAGUUGGUAUCCAAGGCCUGUCCUCCCAGCCUUUCUCCUGUAGCUGGAGCCCUCACACCAUAGUCUCACAAGGAAUUGCUUGCUAAGCCUCUGACCAGACAGAAGGUGCCCAAACCAGGAGCCACUGGAGUCCCAGUUUGGAAGCCACUUUUGCCCCUUCCUAUCCAAUGUAAUCUCUGACCCCAUGAGGCCUAGGGUGUUGCAGUUAUUUCUUUGUCUCUUGGAUGCUGUGGUUGUAAUAACCCAUGACUCCUGAGAGUCUGACUUCUUGGCCUUGUGGUUCUAAAGUUCGAGUCUAACACCUACUGAUCUCUCGCCAUCGUGUGACUUCUCUUGGUCUUCGAUCCCAGGAAGGUGGAGGAGACUCUCAUGAGAGCCAGGCCCAGAGCUUCAGUCAGGGACUUCUUCCUCAGGUUACCUUUGGAUGGGAUACUUUUUUUGUCAGGGCAGCCCAGGUCAUAGGUUGCAGGGUAACAAGGGUGCCAAAUACCAAAGGUGACAUUUAUUGCUUAGAGCUGCUGUCCAAUUCUAAGUAGGAGAAACUGUACAGAAAGGGAUAUUGUAUUUUCUCUCUCAGGAAACAGUGAAAUGUUUUACAUCCUAGGUGGACUCUGAGAGAUGGUUUAUCUAUUCAGACUUGUUCAGGAGCCUCGUUCAGAGACUCAGAGUGUACUCCUGCCUCCAUCCGCUGGUUGGGAAGGCAUAGCUCACUAGCUGAUUUAAUUUGCCGGAUUCAUUUGCCCUUCACAGCGUGCUGUAGUGUGGGCCCUGAAGGGCCAUCCAAAUCGUGUUGAUUAGCAUUGGCCGUAGUAACAGCUUGUGUUUCUGGCGGAGAGGGCACCAGAGUUGUAGUCAGAGUCAGUGUGUUCUGUAGGCAAGCACUUUAUUCUUCUUUGACCCAGUUUUCUCACCUAUAAAAUGGUAAUAAAAUCGACUGGGUUGUUAAAGGACUCAAAUCAGAUAAAGCAUGUACAAGAGCACAUUGUAAACUUGAAAGAGACAAAGGCACAUCUGUAGCUGUUGGUUCAUUUGUCUGCUUCUUGCCACACACCUACUCUGUGCCAGGCACUGUACUUGUUAAGUGAUUUAUGGGCAGUCUCUGAUUUAGUCCCAACCCAGCCCUGGGAAGCAGGAACUGUUAUUAUCCUCUUUUUUCUUUUUAAUUAAAUUUUUUUUUCUUUAUUGAUUU